CGUUUAAAUCUUGCUGUUAAGGCCUUUAAAAGUAGAAAGUUUGCUACAAAGGCUGCCUGCGCUGCCGUGUUUAAUAUUAAAAUAAGUACUUUUAAAGAUUAUUUAAAUGGCAUUAAAUUAUAUACUAAAAAAGAUACUAAUUAUAGAAAGCUAUCUACAAUUAAAGAAAAUACAUUAAAGCAGUGGCUUUUUAAUAUAGCCUACCAAGGGCUGCCU